AUGAGUAAGAUCAUCUUUUAUGAGGACAAGAAUUUCUCUGGGCGCCAUUUUGAGUGCUCCGGUGACAUUGCGGAUAUGUCAUGCAUCCUCAAACGCUGCAACUCCAUCAGGGUGGAGAGCGGCUCCUUCGUGAUCUAUGAAAAACCCAACUACAACGGCAGCCAGUACUACCUGAAGAAAGGAGACUUUCCUGACUACCAACACUGGAUGGGUUUCAGCGACUUAGUCAGCUCCUGCCGAUUCAUCCCCGCGGAACAUGGCUUGUUCUACAUGCGCCUGUAUGAGCGCAUAGAGUUUGGAGGUCAGGUGAUGGAUCUGGUGGACGACUGUCCCUGCGUCAUGGACCGCUUCCACAUAAAUGACAUCUUCUCCUGCAACGUAACCAACGGCUACUGGCUCUUCUACGAGCACCCAAACUACCGGGGCAGGAUGUACCUGAUAAGACCUGGAGAGUACAAAAGGUUUAGUGAGUGGGGUGGCAGGACCGCCAGGGUCGGUUCCAUCCGACGCAUCAUGGACUGA